AUGCUUGCCCGCAACCCGCCCUGCAGCGUGCCGGCCCACGACGGCGGCUGCUACGGCCUGGCGUUCAGCCGCACCGGCGUGCUGCUGGCCAGCGGCGGCGCCGACAAGACUGUGAAGCUGUGGGAGCCGUGCAGCGCCACCAACACCGCCACGCUGCGCGGCGUGUUUGAGGGGGUGAAUGCUGUGGCCUUCACCUCAGACUCAAAGCUGGUGCUGGCAGCAGAGAACAACAAGGCGGUGCGGGUGUGGGACGUGACCACCGGGCGCCUGCGCAUGUCGCUGACGGGGCACAACGGCAAGGUGACAGGGCUGUCCUGCAGCCCCGCAGACGCCCACGUGGUGGCCACCUGUGCCGCCGACCGCACGAUCAAG